AACAGUAAGCCUGCAAAAAAAUGUCAGUCAGAGUGAGAGUGUAAGUACUAGUGUAGAUAAAGUAAACAUGGCAGACGUCGGAGAUGAUCUUUUGGAUGGGGAUUUAGAUGAAACUUCUUUUGGAGAUUUGGAUGGUGAAGAAGAAGAUGCUUUGUUGGCAGACGAUGAUUAUGAACCUUACCAGAGUACCAGGCGAAAUGUCUUUUCAGGAUCAACAGAUCAAGCAGAAAGACAUACAGAAUUAUUUCAUAUUGUUGACCAAGUUCAAGAUGUGUCUGAAGGAGAUGAGAUAAUUGAGGAUGGAGAUGUUCUGGAGUUGGCUGUGGUGGAUGAACUUGAUGAGUCAGAACUUGACAAUGGCCAGCUGAGUACUCAGGCAUGGCCAGAAACUUCCACAAUGACAGUUGAUUCAAAUACUAAUGGUAGGGGAGAGCCAGGAAUAGGUGUGACAUCGUCUACAAGCAGCAUAGUAGCUUUAGGAGGGGAGAGUGAUGAAGAGGAGUCAGAUGGGCGGGGCAGUCGGUUCAAGACCGAACGGACCAACAUAAUAUCACUGAAAGGUGUCAGUAGUGGAAAAUCAAUAAAUGAAAUCCCAGACUCUUUAGAUAAUGUGAAGACACCAGUGCCAAGCUCAGGAGUGCGGCGUGGAGGGCCCAUGCAACGAGGUGGCAAGGGUAGUAUACGUGGGCGACUAGGCCCCAUCCAGCGGGUUCCCAUGAUGCGAGGAAGCUUUGGUCCUAUGAGGCGACCACAGGCUCCACCUCCUGGCCAUAAGAUACAUGUCAAUCCUCACUUCCGUGGUGGCAUGCAUCAGUCUCAGCCAGUCUGGGACAAUGAGAGGCUGCCUCCUCCCCCCGGCUGUGAAUCUUUUCCUUCUCCUGCAAACCAGGAUAACUGGAUGGGACCACCAAUGCCUCACCACAUGGGGAAGCCUCCGUUCCCACCCCAACACCCCCCUGGGCCUCCUGUUCAGUACCAGAACAUGCAGAUCUACACUCCUCCUCAACAACCACAGGGUUGUGAAGAUCAGUACAAUCCUGUAAUGAAUACUCCUCAUCCGAACAACCCGAACAGGAUAGUGCAGUUCUCAGAGAGUUCACAGUUGAUUACUGUUGAAAACCAACAUUUUCAAAGACCAUCGUAUGACCAGAACUGUGGUCCAGUAAAUAGUCAGUUUCCACCUCAUCAAAAUGUGCCACCACAUUAUAAUAAUAACAAUACGUUUCCUAACCAAUUCAAUCACUCACAACCUAGACCUAACUUCCCUCCUCAGCCAUUUCCUGUGCCCAACCCUCCUCAAAACUAUCAUGGCUAUCCACCACAAGAGUAUCAUCCUCCCCACUCAAAUCCUCCACAAUUUCAAAAUUUUGAAAAUAAUUUGAGUUCACCUCCUCAAACAAUGAAUGAUCAACAGAACCAAUGGGCUGGACCACACUCACACCCUCAACCUCAGCCCCCGUGGUUCUCCGAUUCUCAACCUCAGUUUCAACCUCGUCCACCCUUCCAGCAGCAGAACUUUAGACCACCGAUACAAAACCAAAUAAAGAGAGGCAUGGGCAUGAAAAGAUUAGUUCCCAGACAGCCGUUGAACAAUUCAGUCAGUCCAGUAAAACAGAUGAGGUUUGAACAUACGAAGGUGAGAACGGCUCCAUCAAAUAUACGAAGUAAUUUACAAGAAAUAAAGACUGUUGAUAAUUUACCAGACACGACAACUACACAAGAACCUGAACCAGAAAUUGAGGAGGAUGAAGAAACCAAACAAUAUAGAUUAAAAAUAGCGGAACAGAAAGCUCUCAGAGAGAAAAUACUUAAAGAGAAAGAAGCAAGAAGACUAGCUGCUAUUAUUGAAAAACAAAAUAAACAAGAAAAUAACUUGAAUAAUACUUCAACCAGUGGCAUAAAACCAGUAUGUGUGCAGAAGACUCAGCUACAGCAUCAACCCCCUCAGCGUCAACAACCAACUCCCCAACGUCAACAACCAACUCCCCAACGUCAACAACCAACUCCCCAACGUCAACAACCCACUCUCCAGCGUCAACAACCACUUCCCCAGCGUCAACUACCACCUUAUCAGCGUCAACAACCACCUCCUCAGCGUCAACAACCAGGGCCAGGGAGGGGACGAGGUCGUGGCCGCAACUCAUCCUCUCUAAACCGGCAGCCUAUGAAACCUCUUGCCCCUGGAGCUCCAGUCGUGCAGAUACAACAAAUGUUGGGCACCAUGUACAAGAUUGUCAAAGUCAGGACUAAGGAAGGUGCUAUAGUUACUAGAAAGACACCACUGGUUAUGAACUCUACGGGAACAGUGGCCGCACCCAUGAAGACAGUGAGCUCGACUGCUCCAGCCCCUACCCAGAGACGUGUGGUGCUCCCUCAAGCUUCCACUAAGAAUGUUGGUAAUAUGGGAAGAGGAGGAAGUGCUGGUAAUACAGUUCGGAUGAUCUCGGCCAGUCAGACACCCCAAGGCAGGACACUCUUCACUGUACAGACCACCCCCAUGUCUACUCCAAAUAAGGUACAAGGACCUCCGAGGGUGGUAAUUGAUAAGCGACCGAUCAACACUACAAUGAAGAUAGUUGCUACGGCUACACCCUCUGUCCCAGUCUCUACUCUAGUCACUGUGGAUAACUUGUCUCUAAGCACCAGUCAGGUUCAGAUACAGAAACUCGCUAAACAAGUUGGCAAUCUUUCAUCAAUUAAACACGAGCCAGAACUAAAACGAGCUACCUUGAGAUUCAAGAAUCCAAAAGAGGCUGAGAAAUUUUUCUUAAAGUUUCAUAGAAAAAUGAUUGAUCUAUCAAGAAUAAGUGUUACUGUAGUACCAGAGUAAUUGUUUAGAUUUCUCUGAUUUAUCUUUCAAUAGCUUGAGAAAUACUUAUCAAAAACAUAUAAUUUGUCAUAGAAAACAACCAUGUAAGCUAAUAAUCCAAAAAUAAUAAUUUUUUUCGUUAUAUACGUAUCCUAAAGUUAGAGAGAUAUAGAUGGAAGUUACUUGGAUAGUAAACAUAGUGUAUACUCAUUUCCUUACAGACAAAUUGUGUUUUUGACUAAAAUCAAACAAAGUUCUUUAAGUUUAUAAUUUGUAAUGAGAGGAUCCAAUUUUUAAUACCUAAUUAUGCAUGCAUAAUUAGUUAUUAGGUAUAUUUAACUGAGCUUGUGAAGCUGAAUCAAUAUUGGUAAUGACUUCACAUUAGUGUCAUAGGUGAGUAGUGAAUUAAGCAUACAGACAUAUCAAUGUCAUGUUUUGAUGAUCAGUGAACUAUGACUAUCUAAGGUUGUUAGAUUCUGAAGACUUUGUAAAACGAUUCUAUAAAAUAAAUAAGAUGUUUAUCUUAAAAUUGAAGAUUUCUACAGAGAAGACAACUAAUCGAACCAUCUUAGAUGACGAUUAGAAGUAUGAAAGAGUUAAGGAAGAUAAGAGAAGAUUAUGAUAAGAUGAAAUGGUUACAUCUGGAGGAUAAGUUACAGAUUAUGAGGUGUUUGUUAGUAGUUCUGAUGGGUCGUCUUCUGAACUGAGUAGGGAGCGACAAUCAACUGUCAGAGCGAACACCACACCAGUAAGCUUUAGUUUCACCUCUAAUUUGUCUUUCUACUCUGUCAACAAUAAUCAUCAUCAUCAGAAGCCAUGAAUUCAAAAUUAGUUCUACGGAUUUUGCUCUGCAUUCAGAGAUGUUUUAAACUUAAUUCUAGGCUAGUAUAUUUUAUAAAUAAAUACAUUCAAAUGUUUAUUGUUUGAUUAAAACUAUAUAUAUAUAUCCAUAAAUGUCUGAUAUAAUAUAUUUAAAAUAUUUUAACAAUGUUUGUGUUAUAUAGUAGUUGUAAUUGUUUGUGAGGGUUUUGUUGUAGAUUUUAUUUAAUAUACAUCAAUAAAUGUGCUGUAGUUGG